AUGAUGCAGGCUAGGCGGCCGUUCCCCGUGGACGGUCUCCUGCCGAAGCAAGCGACGAAAGCCGAUGCGUUCUUGCAGCGAUGCCCUACGUACGAUGGCCGCGGCGUACGUGUAGCCGUGUUGGACACGGGUGUCGAUCCAGCUGCCUUGGGUCUAAAUGGUCCCAACAAGGUCGUGGACAUCAUCGACUGUACAGGCGCUGGCGAUGUGCCACUGCAGACGGUGGAAGCGCAGCCAGGUGCCGAAAGCGAUACGCUGCAGCUUACGUCGCCUGCAACAGGCCGCACCUUGCUCGUGUCCGCAUCGUGGCCGAAUCCGACGGGGGUUUGGAAAGUCGGCACGAAGCGUGCGUAUGAUCUGUGGCCCACAUCGCUGGUCGAGCGUCGUACGAAAGAGCGCAAGGAGGCGUUUGAUGUGAGCCAUGCCAAGCUGUUGCAACAGGCACGCAAUGAUCUGAAUGAGGAAGAAGCACGCCUGGCCAAGUGCAAGGAGUCAGCCGAAAAGGCAGCCGCAGCGCAGCGUGUGGACGAGCACAAAGCGCGUGUGGCUGUAUUGCAGGAUAUGCACAAGAACUGGCACGAUCCUGGCCCGAUACUCGACGCCGUCGUGUUCCAUGACGGUACGCACUGGCGUGCAGUCGUGGGCGGUGGUGAGGGCGACGUGACGAGCCCUACCGAGGGUGAGUCGUCGUCGCUCUAUGCGACGACACUCGAUUUGCGAGCGCACAAGCGGCUCACAGACUACCGUGUGGAACGUGAGUGGUCGUACUUUGGUGACAUGGAUUUGCUCACGUACACGGUGAACAUUCUGCAGGACGGUGGGCUGCUAUCGAUUGUGACGCUCUCUGGGACGCAUGGUACGCACGUUGCGGGCAUUAUUGGUGCGCGUACGGAAGAGGCAGCGACCAAUGGUGUGGCGCCCGGUGCAGAAAUCGUGAGUCUGCGUAUUGGCGACUCGCGUCUAGGCAGUAUGGAGACGGGACAGGCGCUGCUACGCGCGGCGCAAGCCCUGAUCGAUACCAAGUGCGACGUGGCCAACAUGUCGUACGGUGAAGAUGGUGGAUUCACACUGGAAGACAAGGGCGCGUUCGCGGAGGCGCUGCAGCGUGUGAUUCGUGACCACCACGUCUGCUUUGUGAGCAGUGCUGGCAACAAUGGCCCAGCGCUUACGACCGUCGGCCAGCCUGGCGGUACGACGUCGGGGGUACUGAGCGUCGGUGCGUAUGUCAAUGCCGGUGCGAUGCAGCAGGCAGAGUAUGCCUUGGUCGAGACAGGGGUGCCCUCGAGUGUCACGACAUGGUGCAGUCGCGGCCCUGCCGCCGAUGGUGCGAGCGGUGUGUCGAUUUACGCACCGGGCGCUGCGAUCACGUCGAUUUGCCGCUACGCAUUGCAGUCCAAACAGCUGAUGAAUGGUACGUCGAUGAGCAGCCCAAAUGCAGCUGGCGCUGUGGCGCUGUUGGUUAGUGCAUGCAAGGCAGAAGGCAUUCCCGUCUCGCCGUUCCGACUCUUCCGCGCGAUCGAGGCGACAGGCGCCGAUGUGCAGGAUCCUUUGGACGUCAAGUUCCUGGAUGUGGAGAAGGCAUGGGAGUAUUUGCAAGCGCAUCGCGACGAUCCGUACGCGGAUGCCGAGAUGCGUGUGCAUGUGACGCCCGCCGGGAAGCCCCUGGGAUACGGCCACAGUCGCGGUGUGUACCUACGGGAGGCCGAGGAGACCCAUCGUACGUCGCAGUUCAAUGUGACGGUGCAGCCGACGUUCUCCUAUGGUGAGACGCAGCGCUCGUUUGCCUUGGAGAUUCGUGCGUCGCUGCAAGCUACAGCGCCGUGGGUGCAUGUGCCAGAAUUCCUGGUCCUAGGCAGCAACGGACGUACGUUCGAGAUUCGCGUGGCGGCGGAUCAGUUGCCGCCCGGUCUGCACUCGGCCAAGAUUGUGGCCCGCGAUACGGAGCGUGAUGAUACCGUGGUGUUGGAAGUCCCUAUCACUGUGGCCAAGCCGGUCGUUCCCCUCGGUGCGACGCAUAUCUUACCGCACACGCACUUUGCGUCGGGCGAUAUUCGCCGCGAGUUUGUACAAGUGCCACCGGGAGCAACAUGGGCCGAGAUUCGUGUGCGAAGCCAGCGUCAUGAGGCCCCCGGGACGAGCGCGCGGUUCUGGCUGCAUUUACUGCAAUUGGAGCCCCAACGUCGCUUGUGCGAGGUGGAGCACCAGUACAUUCUGGCGCUCAACGAGAACGAGCCUGUGACGAAGCGCCUGCCUGUGCAGGGCGGCAUGACACUCGAGGUGUGUGCGGCGCAGUUCUGGUCGAACAAGGCUGGCUUUGAGCUGGAAUGGGACUUGGAGUUCCAUGGUCUGGGCGCACCGAUGAAGACGCUUACGACGACCAGUGGCCAAGGCUGGACAUCGUUGCCGCUCCGUAGUGAGCUGCGUGUGGAAGAGUGCAAACCCAGCGUAAAACUCGACACGCGCCGUCAGUUUGUGCGUCCACGUACGCAUACGAUCCGGGCGCUGCGGGACGCGCGUGAUCGUCAGCCAUCGGGGCACCAGCUGAUGGAGUUGACGGUGGAGUACCCAAUCACGGUGAAAGAAGCCACCUCCCUUACGUGGCGCCUUCCGCUGAGUGGUCACUUGUACGAUGGGAGUGUGACACUCUUGACUCAGCUUCUCGACCUGCACCAGGCGCAAGUGCACUUUGGCGAUGUGUACCCGAAAGACGUGUCCUUGAAGCCGGGUGAGUACACGCUGCGUGUGCAAGCUUUGCAUGAGUCGGCAGAUGUGCUGGAGAAGCUGCAGAACAUGAGCUUGACCAUCGAUCACAAGCUCAAGAAGGAGGUGGCGUUGGACGUGUACGCUGACCACCUUGACUUGCUAGGCAGCGGCAAGCCUAUCAAGGACGCCAUCAAGCUCCUGCGUGGCGAGAAUGCGGUCGUGGUCAUCGAUACAAACCUUGAAGGCGAUAAGCUGCCGAGCGAGGCGAGUGCGGGUGAUGUGCUGCUGGGUACCGUGCAACUGGGUGGCCAAGCCAAGUUGCCCCUCGAGGUCGUUGUGGGCCCGGCACCUGCCACGUCGAACGACAAGGCGGCGCCCCCCAGUGACCCGACGCCCUUGCCGACAUUGCUUGCAGGACUCGUGUCGAAGGUGGCGAGCGAGGACAAGGAGGCGUUCCUGGCACGCCUCGUGAGUGACCAUCCUGAGAGCCUCCCUGUGCGACUUGCUGUGCUAGAGGCGUGUGAUGCAAAGGAGGUGGAUAAGACGCUCCAGGCAGCGGAAGGUGUGCAGUCGUGCAUCGAUGAGACGGCACUUCGCUUGUGGCUUGGUACGCAGCAGCCCCCUGCGUCGGAGCAAACCGACGAGCAGAAACGCGAAGCAGAGAAGAUGCAAGCGCAGAAGAAGGCACUUGCGUUCGCCUGGCUGCGUCAGGCACAGGCAUUGGCGUACCGUGGCAGUCACGACGAGAGUGCGGCAGCCAUGAAGCAUGCGCAGCAGUUCAUCGACGAGGCAAGUGAUGCCAAGACCAAGGCGCUCUUGGCCAACCUGCGCACUGAAUGGCACCGUUCUCACGAACGCUUCGGCCUAGCGCUGCAGAGCGUACGUAAGCAGUUGGAGGUGCUGGGCCAUGCGACCAGCGACACACGCGAGGAGUGGGCGCGGGCGCAUGAGCUGGAAGCUGCGCUGCUUCAGCAGCUUGCAUGGACGUGCUGGUGGAAGCAUACGCAGCGCUGGUCGUGGCUCGAGAAGCCUGCAGCGCCAGAGCCGUUUUAA